AUGAGGCUACUCUUGCUGGUGACAGCACUGCUCUCAUGGAUCCUCCAGGUGAGGGGCAGAGCGGUUUUCGCUCACUUCAUGGUUGGCAACACGGCCGAGUAUACCGACACAGACUGGGCGGACGACAUCAACAAGGCGAAAGAGGCGCAUAUCGAUGCUUUUGCUCUCAACAUGGCGCAGGGCGAAGAAAUGAACGACAAAUCUGUCAAGGCCGUCUUUGCUAAGGCUGAACAGCUCGGCUUUCAGUUAUUCUUCAGCUUCGACUACACCGGCAAUGGCCCAUGGAAGAAACAAGUCGUCAUUGAUAUGUUGAAGAAGUACAGCAGCAGCCCAGCUCACUUCCGCCACGAGGGCAAGCCUUUCGUAUCAACCUUCGAAGGCCCUGCACAGGCGGACGAUUGGAUCGAUAUCAAGGCUCAAACAGGCUGCUUCUUCGUACCUGACUGGAGUUCCGAUGGGGCUAAGAGAGCUAUGGAACGUGCUGGAGGCGUCGCAGACGGCCUGUUCAGCUGGGAUUCAUGGGCCUGGGGUGGUCAUGAUAUGGAUACCUACACCGAUGCCUCGUAUGACGAGUUCCUAGGCGGCAAGCCGUAUAUGAUGCCUGUAUCUCCUUGGUUUUAUACCAACAUGCCAGGUUUCGGCAAGAAUUGGCUCUGGCGGGGAGACCAUGCCUGGUAUGACCGAUGGGUGCAGGUCAACUGGUGGCAGCCUGAGUGGGUGCAGAUCAUCUCAUGGAACGAUUACGGCGAAUCCCAUCACAUCGGCCCCGUUAGGGACCACGCGCUCGUUGCCUUCAAGACAGGCAAAUCUCCUUACAACUACGCCCUCGACCGUCCCCACGACGCUUGGAGGACUCUCUUGCCUUUCACUAUCGAUCUCUACAAGCACAAUACCGCCACCAUCACGCAGGAAGGUGUCGAAUUCUGGUAUCGCAGAGUUUGCCGCAAGGACUGCAAUGACGGCGGCACUACGGGCAACACCGCAUCGCAGGUCCAGCUGGAGUAUAAGCCCUCUGAGCUAGUGUCAGAUGAGGUUUUCUUCUCGGCACUGCUCACGGAUGAGGCGGAGCUGCAUGUUGUGAUUGGCGGAUCUGCGUACAGGAGCACCUGGAGGAACAAGCCAGAGGGCGGCGCUGGCAUCUAUCAUGGCGGAGUGCCUUUUGACGGUAGAGAAGGCGGCGUCGAAAUCAGGCUCAUCCGAGGCGGCAAAACCAUCAUGAGCGUGACUGGCCCAGACGUCGGACGGAAUUGCGGCAGCGAUGGCUACCACAACUUCAAUCCAAUCACGGGCGGCAAGAUGAUGGCGGUCACACGCAGUGUGAUGGUGCCGUCGCUUUCGAACCAGAUAUGCAUCGGUGGAUGGGGUGCCAACGACUUCAGCCGGCUCUGCAAGUUCACCUGCAGCUAUGGGUAUUGCCCCAAGGGUGCCUGUGUCUGCACCACGCUGGGCACGGAGUUCGAAUAUCCGAACGGAACUGGUCCUCCAGGAUACGCUCUUGAAGGCCGAGGCUCCAGUUAUGCCGGUCUUUGUUCGUCAGCCUGCUCGUAUGGAUUCUGUCCGGAGGAGGCAUGUGGCCUAACGGAGCAUCCGUUGAUCGAGCCCACGGUGUCACCCUUCCAGCCCCCGGCUUGUGUAUCCGGUACUGGCCCUGGCGACCUCGCCGCGCUUUGCAGUUUUACCUGCAGGCACGGAUACUGCCCUAUCGCCGCCUGCACGUGUUUGAGUCAGGGUGAGCUCGACUGGCUCGAUCCCACAAUUGACCUCAAGGCCGGCACCAUCAAGGACGACGGCCAUGGCUUGUGCGCUUUUGCCUGUUCAAGGGGCUAUUGUCCCUUCGACAAGUGCGUGCAGAGAGUCAUCGGAGACCAGGGCAGCCAGGAUGGCGGCGGCCGUGACAUCGGGAUGGUCAACCUCAAUCAGACGUGCUUCCGCAGCGAGAAGUGUGUCGAUAUUGAGGACGACAUCAACAAGCUUGGGUACUCCAAGGCCUGUGGACAGAGUUACAAGCGUGUCGGUUGGGACAAGAGCAUCUGCAGCGGUAUUGGGAGCAACUGGGGUCAGCCCAUCUGCUGCAAAGCAACAGACGCUCCGGAGAAGUGUAUGUGGAGAGGCAAUGGCGGCGACUGCAAUGGUUAA